AGAGCCACCGUCCCCUAGCAACAGUCCUACCAGGCAGGACGCACUGCCAACACUGGGCAAAGCGGCCGCCCGAGGGCUCGAGGACAGACGACGGGAGUCCCCUCGAACCCUCUCCCACCCAGCCGCCCAGAGAACCCCGACCCAGCAUGGCUGCUGUGGACGCCACCGUGGAGAAGCUCCGGGCACAGUGCCUGUCUCGAGGGGCCUCGGGCAUCCAGGGCCUGGCCAGGUUUUUCCGCCGCUUGGACCGGGACAGGAGCCGAGCCCUGGAUGCGGCGGAGCUCCAGCGGGGCCUGGCCGAGUUGGGGCUGGCGCUAGACACGGCCGAGGCGGAGGGCGUGUGCCGGCGCUGGGACCGUGACGGCAGCGGGACGCUGGACCUGGAGGAGUUCCUGCGGGCGCUGCGGCCCCCCAUGUCCCAGGCCCGGGAGGCGGUCAUUGCAGCCGCGUUCGCCAAGCUGGACCGCAGCGGGGACGGCGUGGUGACGGUGGAUGACCUGUGGGGGGUGUACAAUGGCCGCGCCCACCCCAAGGUGCGGAGCGGGGAGUGGACCGAGGAGGAGGUGCUCCGCCGCUUCCUGGACAACUUCGACGCCUCCGAGAAGGACGGGCAGGUCACGCUGGCCGAGUUCCAGGACUACUACAGCAGUGUGAGCGCCUCCGUGGACACGGACGAGGAGUUCGUGGCCAUGAUGACCAGCGCCUGGCGGCUGUGAGCAGCGCGCACUCACUCGGCCGGCGCCAGCAUAGAGUAGGAUCCCCCCCUACCCACCCCCGGGCCCCCUGAGCCAGGACUCCUUUGCCCCUGGGGUGGGGGCUGGAGCCGAGUGUGAACUGAAGCCGCAGAGCCGGCUGGACCAGGUCUCAGAGGACCCGGCCUGGCCAGCAGGUGUUAGUGGGACAAAGGUUCUGGGAUGGGUCACUGGCUCAGGACCCCAGGGAGAAAGGCACCCCACCCCCGCCCGCCCCGCUGUGCUGACCCCAGGCCUCUCAAAGCCGCAGCAGAUGCCCCCCAGCCCCAGCCCUCCCUCGUGGGUCCCCGGGAGCCAAGUGGCCCCCAAGUGGGGAAGAAACAGCUCUGUGUGAAGCGAGGCUGCACGGAGGUGGCCGGUCCUGGAAGGCGGCCGAGGCUUGUCACCUGCCCAGGCCUGGAGGGAGUGCCUGGGGCCCCCAGGCUGCUGAGGGCCCUCACCCGGGGAGGCGGAGACCAUCCUGGCCAGGCUGGCUGGCUUCCUGAGGCCCCUGGGGCAUGCAGGAGGCCAGGGGUUUAGUUAAAAGU